AUGAAGAACACGCGCAUCCGAUCGCAAGCAGCCGAAUCACAGCGACGAGGCCUAUGGCAAGAACCUGAAAUACCGCUGACGGCUAAGCGGCUAAGCACUGCUGAGGCUUCCGUCCGGGGUGCUUUGAACUUGGCAGUAGACAAUCCUGAGGAGUUCGUGAACGAUCCGAAUGCCAAGAAGGGCAUCACGAAGAGCAUUGCGGACAUGUGCCAGGUGAACGAGUCUGAGGUGAACGUGACCCUUGAGGUGGUCAACACCUCGGAGGUCACGGCGCCGGUGCUCCCGGAUCGUCGCCUUGUGGAGUCCCAGGGGUCCUUCCUGGAGAGGUUGGCGCGGAGGUUGCAGGAGCUGGUGGUCAAGGUGGACUACGUUGUGAACACCGAAGUCGCCGAUCAAAGUGAAGCCGUGACCAAGGGCCUGGAACUGGUCCAAGCCUUGAGCCUCCCCACGGACGAUGAGUUCGCGCAGUCCAUCGUCCAGGCCAUCGUCGAAAGCGGUGGUGCGACCUCCUAUGCCGUGACCGUCACGGAUCGUCAGGCAGAGUUACAGGUGGUCAUUGGAGACGAGGUCUUCAGUCCCGAAGAGUUGGAAUUCAACAUGAGCAACUACACCACCACCCUGCCUUUCGUGGAAGUUCCCCAGUUCUGGGAUCCAACUCCCCUGAUCUGGACCAUGGUGAUCAUCUCCAUCCUCGGCUUAUGUGUUGGUGCCAUCUUUGGACGUUGGUACGUCCGGCGGAAGGCUGCUGGACAGCAGCGCGUCAUCUUUGGUGCAGGACCAGAUGCUCCAGAUGUUGAAGUCCCCGAGUAUGGAAGUACUGAGUAUACAAUCGAGGCGCGGAAGCGGGGCGUGUUGCUGCGGUGCAUUAAGGGGGAGUCGCAGAUGCGGGGCGAGGACUAUCCGUCGGAGCCCUCUGGCUCGGUUCCCUCGGAUCAUGGCAUGGCUUCCCAAGACGUGCCCCAGGAAUGGAGACAGCAGGCAAAGGAUGAGUUGGUGAUCAGUUCUAUUUGAUGCUGGAUGCCGGCAGGGUCAGUGAAAAUGGCUGAGACCUGUGGAAUCCAUGAGCGAUAAUAUUCAUUGAAGCGUGUCGGGUGGAGUUGCCGUGAUGCGGGAUGGAGUUUCCUGGAAUUUCG